GACCCUACCAUGGCCUCUAAUCUAAAAGUCAUCUUCCUGUUUCUUUGGUCGCUUCUCUGUGAAGGGGGAGAUGUCAACGUACAGCAGAAUCCUCUAAUCCAGGUUGCACUGCUCAAGGAAGAAGUGUCCAUCCCCUGUGAAGUCACCUUCCCUUACACCCUGAAAUACACCAGAUUUUCAAUCUUCUAUUACUGGAUUAAUUUGCUGGGUCAGAAGACAUCCAUCUACAAUCGGGAAGAAAAUGUACAAAUCCCUCCUGGAGAAGAGAAUAAGACCGUUGCCAAAUCCUACAAUCACAAAACCAUGCCACUCGAAAGCACCUCUUCUACUGGCACCUACUAUUGCGAGGUCCAGUGGAGUGACAUCCAGAAAAUGGGAAAUGGAGUGUUCGUCCUCGUGAGAGGGACAGGGUACAUCGAGACCUCCUACGGGCAGGACAUCCUCAUUACCUUUACCACUCUUCUGGCUGCACUGAGCAUCAUUGCAACAGCUCUGCUCGUGUGGAAAAGAAAGGUAUUGUGUCCUAAAAGGAACCAGCUAAAUAUACUGAGACAGAAGGUAGAAACUCGGCCUCCUUCAGCCAGCCCGCCACCACCUUCUCCUGUUUAUGACUGCCUGAAUUCACGGCAAGUCGAGGUCUAUUCUGUCCUUGAGAGCAACACAAAGAACCCAGAACCCAGAAGGAAUCAUCCAGGGGAGACAUCUAAGAAGCAAGAAACUCUAGAAGAAUCCUCUGAUACACUGUAUGAGAAUAUCUAAGGGGGAAAAACUGACUCUGUGUGGACCAGACAUCUUCCUGCACGACAGAACUACUUUCUGCAUCCUCAGUUCUCUGCGAAGACCCACAGCGACUUCAGGGUGCAGCCACGGGGGACUUGCGAACCCCGGGCUCCCUCCAAACUGCCCUUCAUUAACAACAGAAUGCGUCCGUUCAAAUCCCACUGGGGCUCAGUCUGCAUUGCUGCAGUGAAGAUAUUUUGCAGCGAAGCUGUUUGAUGCAAAAAGAAAAGCUGGUUUUUGUCAAGCACUCGUACGUAGCUUAGACAUGGUGCAGAUGGGAUCUGUGCACGUUUCUCUCACCUGGCCUGGCUGAAAUACUUGAAUCUUGAUCCUCUGUAAGCAAUAGUGCGAUCCAGAGACCUCCCUGCUUGCUGGCCUGAUCUUCCAAUCCUGACCUGCAGCAGUCCAUCUGAUCCUGUGCCUACAGCUUCCCUGACACAGCCGUCAGGCCUUCAUGCAUAGUUUAACUGAGAUACAAACAUCCACCUGCCCAUUUUUUCCUUUCUCAGGAACCCCACAGUGAAACAUGCUUUCUCAUAAUCUGCUAAUCCCAUCGAGUAGUCACAGAUGCCUGCUGUGACCAUACUCAGCCGACCCAAAUCAGUGCCUUGGAAUAAAUGCUUUCCCUUCAGCAAUAUCAGCAGUAAACGGUGAGGAAUGGAUGCAUGAACAGAGAUAAAGAUGGAAAAAAAGGAAGCCAGAGAAAAUAUCCCUGCCUGGCACUGUGUCUCAGUGGCAGUGCCCUUUCCAGAACAAGGAAAUGGAACAAGGAGCUGGGAAUCCGAGGAAAAUGCCUUGCUGGGGCUGAACAGAUCUGGGGCCAGGUUCCAGAGAUGUUCAAGCCGAGCUCCCCAGUUUCCCCAGUUCUGAAAUCUCUAACAACUGGAGUGAGGAGGGAGGUCUUAGAGAUGAAUUUUCUAUUCCUGCUCCUCUCUCUCCUGUCAACUGGGACUUGCCUACCAUUUGUGCUGAUGGAUAUCCUAGUUCUGAUAGGGAAGAAGUUACGUUAAAUAUCCAUAUAACGUGAUCAAACCAGUGGAUCAAAAAGCUGAGGCUGUUCUAUCUCAGAUUAAAAAAACAACAACAAAGUAACAACCAAACAAAACCAACCCAAAAUAACAAUACGUAGCAUAACUUGAGAGGAAUCAUAGAAACCUCUUUAAAGAAGAAGAUCAAAUUAAAACUGAGCUCCAGGGUCAUAGGACCCUCUCUAGUUGAAGAUAAUGUUGCUAUGCAUCAGAGAUAGCGGCUAUGGAAAAUGUCUCCGGGGCCUCCAACCUUCCUAUACUAUGUUUAAAGAGAUAAUCCGCUUAUUGCUUUGCUCUUUUUAUUAGAAGAGAUUUCAAACAUGCAAUUUGGACUUUAACCACAGGAAAAUGCUUUUUCUCUUCCCAGUGUUGAGGAAUUCAUUUCAAAAAUAGCAAUGAAUAGACAGCAUGGCUUAUUAGACCUGUCUUCCAUUUGUUAAAUGAUCGUAAUAAUUAUAAAUAAAUAUUUCUGAACUCA